AUGGUGACCGGCAUCACUGGAUUACCGGUUCUGGGAAUGAAGGGUUCACCAAAGAAGUUUAAAGGAAGUUAUGCAGAAGUUGCGAGGUUCCUGCAGCACUAUGAAUGGCUGUGUGCUCAGCUUAACAUUGUGACUGCAGAGGACCAAGUGGAAAACGUCAUGCAGUAUUGUGCACGAAGUGUGCGCCAGUUUAUGGAAUCACUCUCAGCCUACGUCACGCCAGACUGGAAUGCCUUCAAGAGAGAUGUUCUCACAUUUUAUGAUGCGGACCGAGACAAGAGGCAAUAUAAGGUUAAGGACCUUGAAGCCUUGGUCAAGGAAUCACAUCGGAAACCUACUAUCAAGAACCUAGGUGCAUGGUGGGAAUACUCAAGGAACUUCCUCACAGUCGCUGGAUGGCUAGUGAAUUGUGGUCGCAUUUCGGAAGUCGAACAGUCCCUUUAUUUCUGGAAAGGGGUUCCCCGUGCUUUCCGUCAAGACCUGGAACCAUGCUUGCUUGCCGCAGACCCCAACCACGACAUGUUUAUCCCGUUCAGCAUGAGCAGCAUACGCAUGAAAGCAAAAACCAUUCUGCAGUGCAAUCGAUUCCACCAGGACCAACUGCCCUCAGAAGACGAAGACUCGAGUGAUGACUCAGAUGAUGCGGAUUCGGAUGACGAUUCAAGUGACUCAGAGGACUCAUCUAGUGCUGAAGAAACACAUCGACAGAAGUGCAAGGAUAAGAAGAAGAAGCAAAGCAUGAAGAAAUGA